GCGGGCGCUGCGGCGGCAGCGGCACCUUGGGGAGCAGCGCGAGUGCAGAGACUCGAGCCGAGCCGAGCCAGGCCGGGCUGUCCUGUCCUGUCCUGUCCUGUCCUGUCCUACCCGGGGGCACUGUAUGUAGAUAAGGAAGAGCACCACCAAAGUGUGAAGAUGAAGUGGGAAGCAGGCUAGGUGAUGCACUUUAGAAACAGAGAGAAAAAGACAGGACUCAGCGAGAAGGAAAGAAGAUGUCAAAAAGUUCCUGACUUUUCAGGACUCUGAACUUAGGCUUGAAGAGAUGGCAUCCAUUUGUUAGGGCAAAAGUGUGAUCACUUUAGUUGUGGAGCCAUUACCUGAUGGGUACAGGUCCUCAAUGCCGAGUUACAAGAUCCUAAUGUUGACCACCUUGAAUUUAAGUUUUGAAUUGGAUUCUACUGGAUCUGCUGGAUCACGGAGAUCGUGACUGAUGCUGUACACAUCAUUGGAGAUGAGCUUCUCACAAGUGGCCUCGAUCCAUGUGUCCAUUCACUGACGUCCGGCUUGUUACUUCACAAUCUUACUCAGCAACGUGCCCGAGGCUUGCAGCACUGACCCAAGUCAGAAGGAGCUGACUUCUGAAUGUACCAGGCAGGAUGAAAGACCGGCUAAACGAGCUGCGCGAACUUGCCAAGGUACACAACCAACAGUUUUCUGAUACUGAGGAUGAUGAAAAUUCACCCCAUGAUGUUCUCCUUUAUGAGACUGAUUAUGCCUUGGAAAUUCUUCAUAAAGACAUACAGAACGUCCGGACAGAAAAUGACCGCCUAAAAGAGGAUGUCAAGCGGCUCAGAAAGCAAAACAGCCGCUUCCUUACUUCCAUGCGCCGUCUUAGUAGCAUCAAACGAGAUACUAACUGUAUUGCCAGAGACAUCAAGGCCCGCGGAGAAAGCAUCCACAGGAAGCUCCAGAUACUGAGAGAUUUCAGUGAAGAUGCAAUAACAAAAUACGGGGCUAUGUCUGUCAUUGCCAGGGUAGCAAAGAACCACUACGUUGACCUCAUGCAUGCCUUUCAGGAAGCGAUGUUUGAAUACAACGCAACAGAGAUGAACCAACGGGAGAACUGCAAGAUUCGAAUUCAGCGGCAGCUAGAGAUCAUGGGCAAAGAUGUUUCUGGCAACCAGAUUGAGGAGAUGAUUGAGCAAGGCAAGUGGGACGUCUUCUCUGAGAAUCUCUUGUCAGAUGUUAAGGGGGCUCGCUCAGCCUUGAAUGAGAUAGAGACACGGCAUAAGGAACUGGUGAAGUUAGAAGGUCGCAUUAAGGAAGUUCACGAACUCUUUCUGCAGGUGGCCCUACUAGUGGAGGAACAGGCAGACACCUUCAAUGUGAUUGAGAUAAAUAUGCAAAAUGUUGAGGACUAUGUAGGAGAAGCUAAAGAGCAAGUGAAAAAAGCUUUGGAAUACAGGAGAAAACACCCCCUCAGAACAAUCCUCUGCUGCUGUUUAUCCUGUUGCAGAAGGUGACUAUCCCACUGAAGCUAUCACGGACCGACUCACAUGUCUUCCAGAUGAGGCAUUCUUUCCAGUGAUUUUUCUGUAAUGACAACCCCUAGAAACAGGGGGGCUAUUUUGCAGUUCAUUUUGUUCAUUGCCUUUUUCCUAAAUGUGCUGAAGGCUGUUCUAUUUGAGAACUCCUAGAAAUGUUGAUAAAACUAUUUUUGGUUUAUUUUUAAUUGAAGUGUACUCUGUUGCUGUAACUAGAGGUUCAAGAAGGUCUCUGCAAUGAUACUGGUUUCAGAUAGGCAAGAAAGAGGAAUGAAUGAUGGGCUGAGAACUCAGCCUAGGGAAAGCAAAAAAUUUCAAGAAGUAACUUUAUUCUUAUUUGUCAAAGUGAGUCUGCAGGCAGUGCAGCCUUACUGCAUGGUGUAACACAAUACACCACAGAAUUAGGAGGUUUCAGUUUUAACCAGUUUGGAGCCUGCUUGAUGCAAAUAUUCGGACAGAUUUUUGCUCUGUUCAUUUGACAAAAUACUGAGCCUGUUAGCAGGAGCAGGACGUAGAUCUAGUUUCUAUUUCAACUUGAUUUCUGUCUGUCAUGAAACUUAACAGAAGUAACUGCACCUUAAAUUAUGAUAUGCACAUUUUGUUCCAUUUGUGUGGAAGUGAUUGCUUUUCUCCAUUUUGAGUACCCGCAACUUUGUCAAGGUGGCUAGAAGCACUGCAACACUGAGGCAUCUCACCGACUUUUAACUUGAGCCAUUCUCUGUACUCUCAAUUUCAAUGCUUCUAAUACAUUUUUCUGCUAAUUAACACUUCAGCCAGAAAAGAUGCACGCAGUGCCCUUCUGCAGAAGCACCCAUCAGAAGACAACAGUUGCAGGGUAGAGAAAGCAUUUUAGGGUCUCCUGUGCUGGCACAUACACACACGCAGUUUUAGUGGAAGGAUUAUCCUGUUAAUAGACUUUUAUUUUUUUAUAAGCAUUGAUUUAAUGUGGAUUUUUUGAUAUAUAUUUUAAAUAACAUGAAGGAUUAAAUUUUUUAACAUUCCAUUUUACUGGUGUACAAAACCUAAGGCUUUUCUCCCAUUAUUAGGAAAUCUCCACCUGGGAAAGAAAAUAAGACAUAUUUCUACAGUACACCUGAAGAAGAAAGAAAACAACAUUUUAAUGUCAUUUCAGUGCUCUUUUCAAGCUUAAAAAUAAUCUCUCCUUUUGUGUAAGGGGAGUCUGCCCACAGUAGGUUUGGAAUAUGAAGAAGGAAUAGAAAAUUUGCAGCUCUGGAAACCACUAAGCACUGUCAGUGAAGCAGGUGUUCAUAAGGUCUGGGGAAUGAUUAUAGCUCCUGCUUCUGGAGGUUUUCCAACUAUAAUAUUUCUAGGUGGCUCCCUGAUACAGUGUGAUCUAUUACUAUCCUUUGAAUUAAUGCAGGACAUUUUUUCAGAAGUUAGUGACUUUUUUAAAAAACUCUGAUCCUAUUUGUACCUAUUUUAAUAAAUAUAUUUAAACAUUUCAAA